AUGGCCGAAUCCCCAGAACCGCGCACAUUGAUAGAGCCGGUGUUUUUAAACCCCGACUCGGAUCUCUCCGGUACCGCGAAUGGCCGAGCGGAGAUCGACACUUCGGCGCCGUUCGAGUCAGUGAGAGAGGCGGCCACUCGAUUCGGCGGUUUCGGUUUCUGGAAACCUUCUCACAUUACUAAACCCUUUCAGGAAAAUGUUGAAGAAGCUGAUAUCAUUAAGCUCAAAGCACAGGCUGCUGAGCUACAGAACGAUCUAACUACAAAAGAACGCGAGACGCUCAAGGUGCUGAAGGAGCUUGAGGCGACUAAAUCCAUAGCUGAAGAGCUAAACUCAAAGCUGCAGCAGAAGGAAGAAAACGCUAAUGAGGAAGAAGAAGAAGUUCACAGUUAUAUCAAGCCAGCAGGUGUGGUGCUGAAAGAUUUAAACCAGGCAAAGAUGAAUCUAUGCAGGACGACGGUUGAUCUCGCGGGUACACGCGGGAUGGUUGAGCAGUUGAAACAAGAACUGCAAGAAGAAAGGGAUGCACUUGAGAAGACACGAGAGAGAGUAAUGCAGAAAUCUCUAAAGGAGGUUCAAAGACUGAGCCGUGAAGCUCAAGAGUUUAAAGAAUCAGGAGAGAGCUCACGGACCGAAGUUGUGAAAGGAAUGGCUGAGAUCGAACGAACAAGAGACGAGAUCAAAACGGUUAAGAUGAAGCUGGUGGCUGCUAGGAAGGUGAAGGAAGCGGCGAGAGCAGCUGAGGCGGUUGCGAUUGCAGAGAUCAAGGCUGUUACAGGAGAGGCUGUGACUGUGACUAUCUCUGCUGAAGAGUAUGGUGAGUUGUCUCGUAAGGGUAGAGAAGCAGAGGAAGAGGCGAGGAAGCGAGUGGAGGAUGCGAUGUCUAGAGUUGAAGAAGCAAAUGUUUCAAAGGCUGAGACUCUAAAGAAAGUAGAUGAAGCUGGUCAAGAAGUUGAAACAAGUAAGAAGGCAUUGGAGGAAGCUGUGGAGAGAGUUGAUAAUGCGAAUGGUGCGAAGCUGGAAGCGGAAGAGGCGCUGCGAAACAGGCAGAGGAGGAGAUCGUCUUCUUCUUCUUCUGCGGUGAACAACACUUCAAAGUUCAAGAACAGAAGAGAGAUAGUAGCAGCAGCAGCAGCAAGUCGUCUGAUGGAUGUAAACGGUCUGCAUCUGACGUAUGAUGUUGUUGUAAGCGGUUCGUCGUCGUCUUCGGUUCCUGUGUUGAAGCCAACGAUGUCGAUAGGGCAGAUACUGAGCAAGAAGCUACUUCUUGCUGAGGAUUCGGAUGUGGUGAAUGUUGGUAGCGAGAGGAGGAAGAUGUCGUUGGGGCAGAUGCUGGCGAAGAAUGGAGAUGGUGAUGGGAAUGUGAGCAGGAAGAGUGAAGGGAAAGGGAAGGAGAAUGGGAAAAAGUCGACGACGAGGAAGAGGAAGAAUUUCGGAUUUGCUAAGAUCUCUAUGUUGUUGAACAAAGAGAGUAAAGAUAAGAAGAAGAAGAAAAAAAUUGCUUUGAACUUAAGGUGA